GCUGGCUUUAGCUCUUCCAACGAAUACCUCAGGAUGAUGGGCAAGAUCUACCCUACCAAAGACUUCCUAGCUGCACACAUGCUCGUUGACUUCCCAAAUACCAUUGCCGCUCCUUUCCAAGUGGUCGCCACCGAUUACCACACCUACUCCUGCGUGUACUCCUGCAUCUCCUUUGACGGUUACAAGGCUGAGUUUGGCUUCGUCUACUCCCGCACUCCGCAGACCUCCGGGCCGGCGACUGAGAGGUGCGCAGCCGUGUUCAGAGCCAACGGAGUCAACGUUUCUGCGUUCAAGUCUGUCUCCCACGGUGCAGACUGCGUGUACAGGGCUUGAUUACAUUAUUCUUCAUUGAUGUAUUCCAGUCAACGGAUGGUAUUUGUAUCAAAACUGUAAGCAAUACCUUCCAUUAUCCUGUUUAAAAAACACAAUAAAUAUGAAAAUAACAAUGUCA